AUGCUGGCUUCGCGUCUAUCUCGAGCUCUUCCCCGAGCUACCCCCAUCACUGCUCGCUCAGCUGCCUUUGCCAGGCCGCUGGCUCCCAGAUUCGCUCGCUAUGAGUCCACUUCAGCUGGCGAGGGCGAGAAGGUCCAGGGUUCCGUCAUCGGUAUCGAUUUGGGUACCACCAACUCUGCCGUUGCCAUCAUGGAAGGCAAGGUUCCUCGCAUCAUCGAGAACUCAGAAGGUGCUCGCACAACCCCCUCAGUAGUCGCUUUUGCCGAAGAUGGCGAGCGACUAGUCGGUGUUGCCGCCAAGCGACAGGCCGUCGUCAACCCAGAGAACACCCUUUUCGCCACCAAGCGAUUAAUAGGACGCAAGUUCACCGACGCUGAGGUUCAGCGUGAUAUCAAGGAAGUCCCCUAUAAGAUUGUCCAGCACUCCAAUGGCGACGCUUGGGUUUCUGCCCGCGACCAGAAGUACUCUCCUUCCCAGAUUGGUGGCUUCGUCUUGAACAAGAUGAAGGAGACUGCGGAGGCCUACCUGUCCAAGCCUGUCAAGAACGCCGUCGUCACUGUGCCUGCCUACUUCAACGAUGCUCAGCGUCAGAGCACCAAGGAUGCUGGUCAAAUUGCUGGUCUCAACGUCCUCCGUGUUGUCAAUGAGCCCACUGCUGCCGCUCUUGCCUAUGGUCUUGAGAAGGAGGCCGACCGUGUCGUCGCUGUCUACGAUCUUGGCGGUGGUACCUUUGAUAUCUCCAUCCUGGAGAUCCAGAACGGUGUCUUCGAGGUCAAGUCUACCAACGGUGACACCCACCUUGGUGGUGAGGAUUUCGAUAUCCACCUCGUCCGACACAUGGUUGCCGACUUCAAGAAGACCUCUGGCAUUGACCUGUCUGGUGACCGCAUGGCUAUCCAGCGUAUCCGUGAGGGUGCUGAGAAGGCCAAGAUUGAGCUGUCUUCUUCCCUCCAGACUGACAUCAACCUGCCUUUCAUCACUGCUGAUUCCUCUGGCCCCAAGCACAUCAACAUGAAGCUUACCCGUGCUCAGCUUGAGAAGAUGGUUGAUCCCCUCAUCACCCGCACCAUCGAGCCAGUCCGCAAGGCCCUGAAGGAUGCCAGCCUCCAGGCCAAGGACAUCCAGGAAGUCAUCCUCGUUGGUGGUAUGACCCGUAUGCCCAAGGUUGCCGAGUCCGUCAAGGGCAUCUUCGGCCGUGACCCUGCCAAGUCUGUCAACCCUGACGAGGCCGUCGCCAUUGGUGCUGCUAUCCAGGGUGCUGUCCUCUCUGGUGAGGUCAAGGACCUCUUGCUUCUCGAUGUCACUCCCCUCUCUCUGGGUAUCGAGACCCUGGGCGGUGUCUUCACCCGCUUAAUCAACCGCAACACCACCAUCCCCACCAAAAAGUCCCAGGUCUUCUCUACCGCCGCCGACUUCCAGACUGCUGUCGAGAUCAAGGUCUACCAGGGUGAGCGUGAGCUCGUCCGCGAUAACAAGCUGCUGGGUAACUUCCAGCUUGUUGGUAUUCCUCCUGCCCACCGUGGUGUCCCUCAAGUUGAGGUCACCUUCGACAUUGACGCCGACUCCAUUGUCCACGUCCAUGCCAAGGACAAGUCCACCAACAAGGACCAGUCCAUUACUAUUGCCUCUGGCUCCGGUCUUUCCGAGAGCGAGAUUCAGCAAAUGGUUGAGGACUCCGAGAAGUAUGCUGAGGCUGACAAGGGCCGCAAGUCUGCUAUUGAGGCCGCCAACCGUGCCGACAGCGUCCUCAACGAUACUGAGCGUGCUUUGAACGAGUAUGCCGACAAGCUCGACAAGACUGAGGCUGAUGGUAUCAAGGAGAAGAUUGCCACUCUCCGUGAGUUCGUUGCCAAGAGCCAGUCUGGCGAGAGCACCGCCACUGCUGAGGAGAUCAAGGAGAAGACCGACGAGCUCCAGAUGGCCAGCUUGAACCUCUUCGACAAGAUGCACAAGGCCCGCAACGAGGCCGGCUCUGGCGAACAGGCUUCUGGCGAGCAGCAGCAGCAAGGCGAGGGCGAGAAGAAGGACGAGAACAAGCCAUAA